CGGGGCAUCACUUGUUCAUACUGAGUGUCGUGUCGCGUAACGUAAAUCGUUAUUUAUUUUUUAUCAGUUUCUGAGAUCCUUGGUAAUUAUGAAUUAAAGAAGGUGUAAUAGCUGGUAGUUACGACAUGGCUGAGUACCGAUCCGGUUCUUAUUGUGUAUCAUCAGGGGUAGGCAGUGACUCUGAAGUUAUGGCAGAGCUAGCAGCAUUUCUCGGCCAGGAAAUUCCUGAAGGAAGAAACAACCUGGCUGAUAAUCAUAUCAAUCUUGAACGGGUUGCUGAUUAUUGUGAAGCAAAUUAUUUUCAAGCUGAAAACAAGAGAAUAGCUUUAGAAGAAACCAAAAAUUUUACUACUCAGUCAUUGGCUAGUGUAGCCUAUCAAAUAAAUACUCUUGCUUAUAAUUUUUUACAAUUAUUGGAUUUACAAACAUCUCAGCUUGCUGAGAUGGAAAGCCAAAUGAACCAUAUUGCUCAAACGGUUAUGAUUCACAAAGAGAAAGUAGCUAGAAGAGAAAUUGGAGUAUUAACAGCUAAUAAAAUUACGGUACGCCAGUACAAAAUUAUUGCACCGGCAAAUCCUGAAAAACCAAUUAAAUAUGUAAGAAAGAGUAUUGAUUACACAAUCUUGGAUGAUAUUGGACAUGGAGUACGUAGUAGUGGUACUCCAAGAAGUAAGCAACGUGGUGGAAGUCAGGGCAGUGUUCAAAGUUUAGGUGCAGCUUCCACUGGUUCUGGUUUAGGUGCUGCUAUGGUAGGACCAGCCCCUACCACUAAGCCACCUACCCCUCCUCAGACAGUAAGAACUGGAACAUUGAGCAAAGGAUCCCGAGAAUACAGAACACCACCUGCAGUUGCUCCACCUCAAGUUCCUAGUCACUAUGCUCCUAAUUAUCCACUAGGUCAUCCAAGAAGAGAACGUGGUCCUGGUUAUAGUACUCUACCUUUACAUGCGCAUACCACAUCUCACGCAAUACACAAUACCAAUCACAAUACACAUACAAACACUGCAACCCAACAUACUUCGCCACCUCAAGUGGGAACAGUUCAUCCAUUGCAAAGUCAUCCGCAAACACCACCACCAGCUCCACCUAGCGUAACAGCAGGGUAUGCCCAGGAACAACACAAUAGUAUGCCUCCACCACCUUCGCCCUUAGUCGGCAUAACUGGUAAUACGUUAGAUUUUACUAGUUAUCACACUUUGUCAGAAAGAUUGAGUCAUCAAGUUAGUCGAAGUAGUGGUGCAAGUAGCCCACCAUUACCACCACCACCGCCACCAGAACAAGAAGAACAUCCGCAAUUUGGUAGACCUACACAAUCUAGUGGUGCUAUUAUGCCUAUUGUACCGGAUGAGGAAGAUCUCCCUGGUUGGGUGCCAAAGAAUUAUAUCGAAAAAGUUGUUGCAAUUUAUGAUUAUUAUGCCGACAAGGAGGAUGAAUUGAGCUUCCAGGAAAGCUCUGUAAUUUAUGUACUAAAAAAGAAUGAUGAUGGGUGGUGGGAGGGGGUCAUGGAUGGUAUAACGGGUUUGUUCCCCGGAAAUUACGUAGAACCUUGCGUUUAAUAAGUUGUCCAAUAUUGCAUUUAGAUAUAUCAAAAUUGUGAAUAUUGGUGGUUAUUCACAAAAGACUGCAAAUUUAAGGGACAGAUUCUCUGAUUUUAAUAUCUUAUUUAGUAUUAAUAAUAAUAAGGCUAUACUAACACGAUCGAUGCAAAAACAUAGAACGACGUAACAAAAUAUGAAGUGGAAUAUGGUAAAUGUAUAAAUUACAGAUUCUUCCACAAAUCUCAAAUAUCAUGCGAAUUUUCUAAAAAUCAAACUAACCAAUCUUUAUAUCAACAUAAGAAAGUGUAUUUUUUGGUAAAUAGUAUUUCCUCCAGUGGAUGUUAUUUUAUCUCGACUUCAAUAGAUCAUAUUUAUAUACAUAUAUGCAUAAAGGCAUGUCGUUACUAUGCUACUAUAUAAUCAAUUAGCUGUUAAUUUUAUUUAUGUAUCUAAGGUGUAACUAAUACGAUGUUAGUAGUAGGUUAAUAAGUAAUCAAAAUACCAAACGUCCUGUCGUCGUGUAACGAGAAUCUUUGCGCCUUAUACUAAACAUAACUUCGUAAUAUAAAUUGCUUGAUAAGUUUAUUUUAAUAGUUAACGGUAUAUUGACCUCAGGAUUUUAGUUCUCAUAAAAUGAAGUCGAAGAAAGUAAUCCUCGUUUGAAUGUUUUAGAGAGUACCAGGUCGUAGCAUAUGCAUUAUAGAGUCAAUUAAUUUACGCGAUUUGUUUAAGAUGUAGUGAUUUCAUUUAACCAGGUAGUAUCCUACAUAGCUGUGUAAUAUUCAUACUUUGUACGGUGCUAUUUGUUAGCGCACUAUUACCACAAAUAUAAGUAUCUUUUAAUUGGCCAAGUAAUUCUGCGGUCAUUUUUACCGCAUUUCUCAUUUUUUCUCAUUAAAAAAUUAUCCUUUUAUAUAAGCUAAAAAGCUUGUAUGUAUCGACAAUAAGGGUCUCGUUUUCGUGAGGAUUACAUACUUUGGAGGAUUAUCACAGAAUUAGUACAGGAGAAUUAGAAUAGGAUUUUCAAACAAAUAAAGAGCUAGUGGAUACAAAAUUGAAUCUUUAAUUUUAAUAGAAAUUUUAAUUGAAGGUUUUAUUUGUCACUAGGGAAGCAUAAUGAAAUGUACGAAUACAAUUGUAUUUAGAAUGAAAUAAAAGAAUUGUAAUAUAAA